AAAGUUUGCUGUCUCCUUUGUUCGCCCUCGUUGCGCAGUAGUGCUCGCGGCUUCCCCUUUCGGUCUUCGGAGCCGGCAGCCCUCUCUCGUGCUGAGCUGCUAGGAAGCCCCUGUCGGCGAGCUCGUAGGAGCCUGGAAGCGUCGCCCUCCCCCCCGAUUCUCACCAGGGAAGAAAAAUGGUUGAAGCAGAUCGCCCAGGAAAGCUGUUUAUUGGUGGCCUCAAUACAGAAACAAAUGAGAAAGCCCUUGAAGCAGUAUUUGGCAAAUAUGGACGCAUAGUGGAAGUACUGUUGAUGAAAGAUCGUGAAACCAACAAAUCAAGAGGAUUUGCUUUUGUCACCUUUGAAAGCCCAGCAGAUGCUAAGGAUGCGGCCAGAGACAUGAAUGGAAAGUCCUUAGAUGGAAAAGCCAUCAAGGUAGAGCAAGCCACUAAACCAUCAUUUGAAAGUGGGAGACGUGGACCACCUCCACCUCCAAGAAGCAGAGGCCCUCCGAGAGGCCUUAGAGGCGGAAGAGGAGGAAGUGGAGGAACCAGGGGACCUCCCUCACGUGGAGGGCACAUGGAUGAUGGUGGCUAUUCCAUGAAUUUUAACAUGAGUUCUUCCAGGGGACCACUUCCAGUAAAAAGAGGACCGCCACCACGAAGUGGAGGUCCUCCCCCUAAAAGAUCUGCCCCUUCAGGACCAGUUCGCAGCAGCAGUGGAAUGGGAGGAAGAGCUCCUGUGUCACGUGGAAGAGAUAGUUAUGGAGGCCCACCCCGAAGGGAACCCCUGCCCUCUCGUAGAGAUGUUUAUUUGUCCCCAAGAGAUGAUGGAUAUUCUACUAAAGACAGCUAUUCAAGCAGAGAUUACCCAAGUUCUCGUGAUACAAGAGAUUAUGCACCACCACCAAGAGAUUAUACUUACCGUGAUUAUGGUCAUUCCAGUUCACGUGAUGACUAUCCAUCAAGAGGCUAUAGUGAUAGAGAUGGCUAUGGUCGUGAUCGAGACUAUUCAGAUCAUCCAAGUGGAGGUUCCUACAGAGAUUCAUAUGAGAGUUAUGGUAACUCACGUAGUGCUCCACCUACACGAGGGCCCCCGCCAUCAUAUGGUGGAAGCAGUCGCUAUGAUGAUUACAGCAGCUCACGUGACGGAUAUGGUGGAAGUCGAGACAGUUACUCAAGCAGCCGAAGUGAUCUCUACUCAAGUGGUCGUGAUCGGGUUGGCAGACAAGAAAGAGGGCUUCCCCCUUCUAUGGAAAGGGGGUACCCUCCUCCACGUGAUUCCUACAGCAGUUCAAGCCGCGGAGCACCAAGAGGUGGUGGCCGUGGAGGAAGCCGAUCUGAUAGAGGGGGAGGCAGAAGCAGAUAUUAAAAACAAACAAAACUUUGGACCAAAAUCCCUGUUCAAAGAAACAAACAAAAAGUGGAACCUAUUCUGUCAUAACUACCCAAGGACUACUAAAAGGAAAAAUUGUGUUACCUUUUUUAAAUUUCCUGUUAAGUUCCCCUUCCAUAAUUUUUAUGUUCUUGUGAGGAAAAAAGUAAAACAUGUUUAAUCUUAUUUGAUUUUAUGACAUUGCUUUCAACAAGCAAAUGUUAAAUGUGUUAAGACUUUACUUGUGUAGUAGUGUUGUAAUUUUCCAAGUAAAAGUUUCCCUAAAGGCCACUUCCUAUCUGAUUUUUCCCAGUAAAUAAGGCAAACAAUUUUAAGAUCUUCCACAGACAUCUAGCCAUCUAAAAUGGAGAGAUGGCUCUUUCUGCCUACAUAAACAAGCUAGCUCUAUAUAGAGGGUGGUCGGGUUAUGCUACUCUUAGGAUUUCAGGGUGUCUUCAAACUGAAAUCUCAAUGUUCUCAGUCUGAAAAACCUGAGAUCAGAUGCUUAUGUAAGGAAAGUGCUAUUCACCCAGUAAACCCAAAACAAGUGGAUAAUGCUGGCCAUAUUGCCUUUCUGACAUUUCCUUGGGAAUCUACAAGAACCUCCCCUUUCCCCCUCCCCCAAUAAGACCAUUUAAGUGUGUGUUAAGCAACUACAGAAUACUAAAUAAAAAGUUUGGCCAAAACCAACCAUGAAGCUGCAAACGA